AUGGGCGCUCUCAAAAACAUAGUGGAGCCUGGGGCAAUUGUUGCCCUCUUUACCCUCGGGACCUGGAUCAAUCGGAAGAAGAAAUCACUUGAUGGUUACGGCGAAACUCGCUCAUUGCUGCGAGUGGACAAUCCGGAAGAAAGAGACAUUAGCAGCCAUGCCGAAGCUCGCAACGCUAGAAAUCGGGAAUAUAUCCAUUCUCGAGUAUUGGAGCGGUUUCCGUUUCUUCUAGAGAUCUGGUACUGGCUACUUAUCUACUGGAUAUACCAAGGCUGCAGAGCUAUCUCUGCCCGACUCAUUUCUGGGAAUGAAGCAAUCUUCCAGAAUGCCGAGCGACAUGCGAUCCAAAUCCUGACACUCGAAAACCGUCUUUCUAUCGACGUUGAACUCUCCGUUCAACAAUUCGUUUUGAAUCGGUGUCCGUGGAUGAUGGAUAUCUUGGCCGACAUCUAUUACUCCCACAUCGUACUUGGGGUCGCUUUCUUUGUCUACUGUUAUACAUACCUCCCUCGCGGUCGCUACCAGAUUAUUCGACGAACACUGGCCCUAGAGAACGUCAUCGCAUUCGCUAUUUUAUCGCUGUGGCGAUGCAAACCGCCGCGUCUCCUCCCUGACGAGUUUGGGUUUGUUGAUGUGCUUCAUCGAGGCAACUCAGGUUCAGCAUGGACACAGAAUAAAUUUCAGCUGACCAUUGCCGCGAUGCCCUCUUUACAUUUUGGCAACUCCGUCCUCAUCGCAUUCUGUUUGGUGAUAUAUAGUCCGCAUCUCUUUCUUCGCUGCGUGGCGGUCCUCUGGCCUGUGAUGAUGGGAGUGACCGUUGUUGCGACUGCCAAUCAUUUUAUUCUCGAUGCUGUGGUGGGGGUUACUGUCAUCAUCCUAGCAUUUUGUUUCAAUGGGGCAAUGUUGAUUCUCUUGCCAGUGGAAAGAGGAUUGCUGAGGUUGCUUCGACUGGAGAAGCCCCAGGGCGAGCAAACGAGCUAG